CUUAAUAUCUCUAGGGCCUUCAAUACGGUCAACUAUCCUAGGCUCCUAGCUACCCUUCAAGACCUUAGCUACCCAAGGUGGCUAGGUAUAAUACGGAAGGAUAAGGUAGCAGCCGAAGCGAAGACCCUACCUAUUACAAUAGGGCUUACCUUAAGCUCCCCUCUAUCCCCAAUGCUAUUCCUACUCUAUAUUAGCACCUUAUAUAGGGUACUAAAAGAGAGGCACCCGUAUCUGGGCCUAGUAGAGUUUGCCAACGAUACUAACCUACUAGCCUUUUGUAGA